CAACUUUAAGGGCCACACACAUGCUUCGCACAGAUGGCCAUUAUUGUGAGCAGCAACUGGCCUGGCCCCCCCACAUUAUUGCAUCUCAGGCCUUUCUGAAGUUUCUAGUUCGUACUGCUACGGUGACUUAGUGCGAGCAGCCGCUAUGCAUUUCUCUCACAUGAAUUUAUUGCGAUAGCAAAUUGACAAAGCCCCUUCAUUGAGUCCUCUGUUUCCAUGUCCGAAACCCGAUUAGCUUCCAAUCUUCCCUAAUUUUCUUAAGCCAAGUGUACAUACAAUCGCCACACCAGCUUUUAAAACCCGGAAGCAGUAAGCAAUCAGAGCUGCAUACGCCACAGAGAGAGAGAGAGAGAGAGAGAGAGAGAAUGGAAAGCAAAGGGGGGAGCAAUGGAUCAACUACAGAUGAACUUCACGUAGUGAUGUUCCCGUACUUGGCAUUCGGCCACAUAGUCCCAUUCAUACAUCUCUCCAACAAGCUCUGCUCCCAUGGCGUCCGAGUCUCCUUCGUCUCCGCUCCAGCCGCCGUCCCCCGCAUCGCCUCCUCCCUCCACCCCACCAUCCAAAUCAUCCCUCUCCAAGGCCUCCCCCCCCACCUCCAGAACACCUCCGACCUCACCCCCGCCAUGGCCGAACUCCUCAAACACGCCCUCGACCAAAUGCAGCCCCAAAUCAAAACCCUCCUGUCCACCCUCAAACCCCACUUGAUCUUCUUCGACUUCGCCCAACACUGGCUCCCCUCCCUCGCCUCCGCCCUCUCCAUCAAAACCGUCCACUUCUCCGUCUUCUCCGCCCUCUCCGCCGCCUUCAUGACCGUCCCCGCCCGACGCGCAGCCUCCGCCUCCGCCGAUGACCUGAAAAACCCUCCUCCCGGGUUCCCCACCACCGCUGUCACCGCCCUCCGAACCUUCGAGGCCAAAGACUUCUCCUACAUCUUCAAGAGCUUCAACGGCGACCCCUGUGUCUACGACCGAGUCCUCGCCGGCUUCCACAGCUGCGACGUCGUGGCUUUCAAGACCUGCAUGGAGAUGGAAGCGCCGUACGUGGAGUUCGUGAAGACCCAGUUUGGCAAACCGGUUCUCUUAGCCGGUCCGCUCGCUCCAGAGCCGCCGUCCGGCCAGUUGGACGACAAAUGGGCAAAGUGGCUGGGGAAGUUUCCGGCGAAGUCGGUCAUAUUUUGCUCGUUCGGGAGCGAAACGUUCCUCACUGACGAUCAGAUAAAAGAGCUCGUUCUGGGGUUGGAGCUCACCGGACUUCCCUUCUUUCUCGUUUUGAAUUUCCCGGCCGGCGCGGGCGAAGACAGGGUGGCGAAAGCAUUGCCGGAUGGGGUGAUGGAGAGGGUGAAGGAGAGGGGGGUUGUGCACAGUGGGUGGGUGCAGCAACAGCACAUACUGGCGCACGUUGGCGUGGGGUGCUACGUUUGCCAUGCAGGGUUUAGCUCAGUGAUGGAGGCUAUGGUGAAUGAUUGCCAAUUGGUGAUGAUGGCACAGAAGGGAGACCAGUUCAUGAACUCUAAGCUGGUAAGCAUGGACAUGAAGGCUGGAGUGGAGGUGAGGAGGAGAGAGGAGGAUGGGCAUUUUGGGAAAGAGGAUAUAUUGGGAGCAAUUAUGGAAGUUAUGGUGGAGGCGGACAAGGAACCAGGGAAGUCCAUUAGGGCAAAUCACAAGAAGUGGAGGGAGUUUUUGAUUAAUAGGGAGGUUCAGAGUAAGUAUGUCUCAGACUUCGUCCAGGACAUGAAAGCCCUGGUUAAUAUAUGAGACUUAGUUCCAUGCAGCACGUGACACAUGCUCGUACGUACACCCAUGCAUACAUAUAUCUCAUUUUUAUGUAGCUUAUCAUGGGCUUAAUUUCUGUUUACCGAAUCAUUAGAAAUUAUCUUAGAACCAUGUAAUUUCUGGAUUUCUAUAAAUAAAGAUGGUGUGCAGAGUGUGAAUUUUGUAA